AUGGAUAAUUCAAGAUUAGUUACAGAAGGCAAGGCAAACAUUCAAUUGCCAAAUGGAGAAGUAUUUUAUAAUCCUGCUCAAGUAUUCAAUAGAGAUUUGAGUGUUGCUGUUUUACGAUUAGUAUCAAAAAUCCAUUAUGAAAAUGUACAAAAACGAAUUUUAAAAGAGAAUCUUAAAAACAAUGACAGCUUGCCAGAACAACAUAAUGAUUUAUCAACUCCAUCUACGGAGUCAAGUACGACAAUAGAUCAGUUUUCACUAGGUAUUUGUCAUGAAAACGGAUUGCGUAUUGCUGAAGCUUUAUCAGCCACUGGUUUACGAUCGAUACGUUAUGCGCUUGAAAUACCGUUUAUCAAGACGAUAUAUGCUAAUGAUCUUUCCUUGGAUGCCUAUAAUAUUAUUAAGAAGAAUAUUGAAACGAAUCAUGUUGAACAUCUUGUACAAGCUUAUCAUGAUGAUGCAUCAAGUUUAUUGUAUAAUAAUCGAAAAAAUCAAUUUGACAUUAUUGAUUUAGAUCCCUAUGGGACACCGGCACCGUUCUUAGAUGCUGCUGUACAAGCGAUCCAAAGCAAUGGUGUUCUAUGCAUCACCGCUACUGAUAUGGCUUCUUUAUGUGGAAACGCACCUCAAAGUUGUUAUUCAAAAUACGGUUCAAUAUCGCUGCAUGAAGCGUUUGGACAUGAAUUUGCACUGAGAAUGUUAUUGUAUACAUUACAUAUGCAAGCAUCACGUUAUAAUCGGUCGAUAGAACCAUUGAUAUGUAUGAGUAUUGAUUUUUAUAUCCGAUUAUUUGUACGGAUUAAACAUGGUGUAGCUAAAUCACAAGCUCAAUUGAAUCAGAUUGCACAUGUUUACAAUUGUGUCUAUUGUGGAUCGUUUCACUUUCAACCAUGGGGUAUAUCAUCAACUGAUACGAAUGGAAAUGUGAAAUUUAAACAGGCAAAUGGACCACCGGUGGGUACAAAAUGUGAACAAUGUGAUUCUAAUUUUCGUCUUGGUGGACCAAUUUGGCUUGGGCCACUUUAUCAGAAAGAGUUUGUGCAAGAAUUGAUUACAUCCGUACAGCAAGCACCAGACGACAGUUAUUCUUAUCGAGCUCGAAUGCUCAGUAUGUUACAUGUUUUAAAUGAGGAAUUACCAAAUCCAUUGUAUUAUGUUACCACAAAAUUAGCUCGAGCUCUUCAUACGUAUACACCGACACUUAAAACAUUAAGAUCUGCCAUAAUGAAUGCCGGUUAUCAAGUAUCAUCGUCACAUUGUAAUAAAGAUUCGAUUAAAACCGAUGCACCAUCAUAUGUUAUCUGGGAUAUAAUGCGUGCAUCAGCUAGAGAAAAAUCGUUAAAAUUCGAUGAGAAAGAUGUAAAUAAUCCAUGGUAUAAACUCUAUAACAAACCGCAAACAAUUGAAGUAAAUCUUAGUGAUCAUCCCGACUGGGAGCCAGAAACAAAAAAGAAAAAAAUGGGGAGAUUUUUGCCAAAUCCCACUCCGCACUGGGGACCAUUGGGUAGAGCAAAAAAACGGAAAGAAGAAGACGACAAAGAAUUGGAAACCGUUUGUGUCAAUAAAGAGGCCAAAGAUGGAAUUCUCAACUGA